AUGUAUGUCGUGCCACCUCCAUUGCUUGGAGUGUACUCAUUCGCCUUGAUCUUGUCCAUAAUGUUGAGUAGAGUAGUGUCGCCAACAUGUAGUGAACGAGGUAUCAUGGCGUCGGGGUCGCCCUGCCUCAGCAAUUGUUCAGGGCAUUGUUCGAGAGCACGUGAGAAGAACUUUGUUGACUGGAAUGCAUCGUCAUUGAACACUGAUGAUGGUAAAUGUACCACAGCAUACUGUAGCAGUCUUGACUCUGGUAUUCUCAGUAGUCUACCAUGCCAUCUUUCCAACAACUCAGUCAUUGUCAUUGGUAAUACCAUUGAGGAUUGUGAAGUGGUCGUCGUCGUCGUCGUAGUAGUGGAAGUGGUAGUAAUAGUGUCCACAUCGAUUGGAUCCAAAUCACCAUUACUACUACUACCAUUUGUAGUUGUACUUGUACUUGUGCAAGUGUCGUCGGACAUUGUUUAUCUGUUUGAUGGAUGA